AUGUACCCGAAUGCACUUAAGAAAGCGAAAAAAAAUAUUCGAAGAGUAUUCUCUGAUCCUGACACUAACGAUGAUGCAAAUGAGCUACACAAAUUAUUAUCUAAUAAUAUAUUAAAAUCACUUCUAAUGGUAUAUUCUAACGUCGUCUCAACGGGUACACACUAUGUCAAUGAGGACGAUUGUACAGCUUUGGGUCUAAUGAGCAGUUUAUGUGAAGACCUUCAAAAAUCCAUGACAGAUGCUUAUUUUCCUAUGCCAGAAGCGGCAGAGGAGUUAUUUCAUAUUCUCUCAACCCCCAACAUGCGUGCUAUUGUAUCUUGCAUUGCAGAGAUCGCUUCCGGGAACUUUUUCACCCCAAGCCUCCCUUCCACCGGGAUCUACGUUAUUGAAGGCACAAUGAAUAAUUUACACCAAUCCAUCCAUAAUGGUUCCCUUCAUGGAGGUUAUUCACUCAAUCGGACAGAACUUGUCAAUUUUGGACCUGUGAAAUACAAGUCGGCUAGUAUGGUUAAUACUAUAAAGGAGGAUGUGGCCAAAUCUUCGAUUAGCUUGAACAGUGCUCCAGAAGGAGUUAAAUUAACAGGAGGUGGUGAAGGUCUUCCAAAGAAACCGGUGGAUGAUAAUGAACUCAUGCUGAUCAGCUUUAAACGAAGUAUUGGUGAAGAUCUUGGCAUAACAAUAGGCAUUCAAGAGAACUCAGUAAGUCGAGGCUACGCCCGCGAUAUUUACGUGAAACGGGUAAUGGUUGGGUCUCAAGUUGAGCGUCUUGGACUCCUAGGAGAGGGAGAUAUCAUCAGGGAGGUCAACGGUAUUCCCAUAGAUUCUCCUGAAACACUCCAGGAGCAGAUGCUCAAAUCUCCAGAUACAGUCACUAUGAAAAUUAUUCCUGCUCAUAAAGAUCCCAAGGUCAAAUCACAGCUCUAUGUGAGAGCUCUAUUCACGUACGAACCGGAAAAGGACAAACUACUACCCUGCAAGGAAGCUGGUCUCCGAUUUCAAUGCUAUGAUAUAUUACAAGUAUUGAAUCAAUCGGAUCCAAAUUGGUGGCAGGCCCGACAUUAUGAAUCUAAUGAGCAUGCGGCCCUGAUUCCGUCAGAUAGUCUUCAAGAGCGACGCAAAGCCUUAAUUCAAAGUGUUCCAGAAGCCGAUUCCUUCAACUAUCGUUUCUUCAAAGGACUUGUAAAUACGCAGAAAGCCAAAAAGACGAAAGUGAUAUUCAGUGCCAAAGACUUCGAGGCCUACACGUCGAAAAAUGUCUGUGUUUACGAGGAGGUUGCUCUUAUCUCCGGUUUUCAGAGACCUGUGAUUUGUCUCUUAGGCGCUUCUGGCGUUGGUAGGCAGACACUUCGUGAUAUGCUUAUUGAAGAUAAUCCGGAUCGAUAUGAUUUGGCCAUUCCAUGUGAGCUCAAUCGAUUAACGAAUCCCCCCCCCCUCCCCAAUACAUCAAGAGAAAGACUUCCUGGCGAAGAAGAUGGGGUUGAUUUUUUCUUCGAGAAGGCAAAGAAAAUGCAAAAUGGCUAUCAACGAAAUCACUUCAUUGAGUUUGGAGAGACAGGCGGUGCUUACUAUGGAACGAAGUUGAAAACUUUGCGACGAAUCGCAGCGUCAGGAAAGACCUGCCUCCUGGACUGUUCUCCACCGGCUGUUGCUAGGAUUCGGACCGCUGAAUUCAUGCCUUAUGUAGUGUUCAUUGCUGCGCCGUCAAUCAAUUGCAUGAAGGCUAUGUACGAAUAUGGUCGUAGUGUGGGUUUCACAGAGGCUUGGAGAAAAGACCAAUGCUUCCAGAUUCACUAA